UUAAUUAAUGUGCAAGUGGGUAUUUUAAAUUGAUACUAGGGGGAGCUGUAUUGGGUUUUUUCUUGCUUAAAGACUUGAAAAGAUUGAAACUUUAGUUUGAAAUUACUAAUCUUGGAAGCUAAUGUGUGUGAAAGUGCUUAAGCUGCUUUUUGCUCACAAGAUUGCUGGAGAUAUCUCCAAGAAUAUAGAUUGAUAUCUGAAGAAGUUAGUUGAAGAUAGUAAUCAACUAGAUAAAAAGACAGCUGAUGUAAGCAAGAGGGUAUUUGGAUUUGAGGAGAUUUAAGUUUUUGAGGUUUUUGCCAUAUGGGGUAUGUUGGAUAUUGAAGGAUUGGGUAUGUCAGAUCUUGAUAUGGCAGAUCAAGUUGGUUGAUCUUAUGUUCUGUUGUGUUAAAUGAAGCUCUUGAUAAUUGGGGUGAAAGUUCAAGCUUGGGGUUUUAGGUUUAAAUUCAAGAUAGGUUAGUUGAUUAAAGUUUUGAAGGAAGGAACUUUUGAAGAGUGCGAUGUCUAAGUCAUUAGUUCUUUCUUUGUUGAUUGUUUCCUCGGUUAUCUUGGUUGGAGCCUUGGAUACUGACUUGUCUUAUUGUCACUGUGAUGAUGAGGGCUAUUGGUGGAGCUUACAUAGUAUCCUCGAAUGUCAGAAAGUGAGCGAUUUUUUGAUUGCAGUAGCAUAUUUUUCGAUUCCUAUAGAGUUACUUUAUUUCAUCAGUUGCUCCAACGUACCGUUUAAAUGGGUGCUAGUUGAGUUUAUAUUAUUCAUAGUGCUAUGUGGAAUGACCCAUUUACUCAAUGGGUGGACAUACUAUGGUCAGCAUUCUUUCCAGUUGAUGAUGUCACUUACAGUUUUUAAAUUACUCACGGCUCUCGUCUCUUGUGCAACUGCAAUCACCCUUUUGACUUUAUUUCCACUAGUUCUCAAAGUAAAAGUUAGGGAACUUUUCUUGGCACAAAAUGUUAGGGAGCUUGAUCAAGAAGUGGGGAUGAUGAAGAGGCAGACUGAUGCUGGAUGGCAUGUCCGGAUGCUGACCCAAGAAAUUAGAAAGUCACUUGAUAAGCACACAAUACUUUACACUACACUAGUUGAGCUCUCCAAAACAUUGGAUCUACAAAAUUGUGCUGUUUGGAUGCUGAAUGAAACGAGGACAGAGAUGAACUUGACUCAUGAAUUAAAACCAAGUAAUUCUAAUGGUUACCACCCAGCAGUUCCAGUAAACGACCCAGAUGUAUUGGACAUAACUAAGAAUGAUGGUGUGAGGAUUUUGAGUGAUCAAUCUAGGCUUGGGGCUGCUAGCAGUGGUGGGUCCGGUGACUCAGGUCCUGUUGCUGCAAUUCGUAUGCCAAUGCUUCAAGUAUCAAAUUUUAAAGGGGGAACACCUGUGUUAGUUGAAACUUGUUAUGCCAUGUUGGUUCUUGCUCUUCCUAAUUCGAAUGGACGACGUUGGAGUUAUGAUGAGAUGGAGAUAUUGGAAGUUGUGGCAGAUCAGGUAGCUGUGGCUCUUUCCCAUGCUGCAGUUCUUGAGGAGUCUCGAGUGAUGAGAGAGAAACUGGAGGAGCAAAAUCGCAUGCUGAAACAUGCCAAGGAGAAUGCUAUGAUGGCUAGUCAGGCGAGAAACUCUUUCCAAAAGGUGAUGAGCCAUGGAAUGAGGAGGCCGAUGCAUUCUAUGUUGGGCCUACUGUCGGUAGUUCAAGAUGAAACCAUGAGCUCUGAACAGAGAACUAUUGUUGACACAAUUAUAAGAUCCAGCAAUGUGCUCUCAACUCUAAUAAAUGAUGUGAUGGAGAUAUCAGCUAAAGACGAUGGCAGAUUUCCACUAGAAAUGAAGCCUUUUCACCUUCACUCUAUGAUUAAGGAAGCUUCGUGUCUUGUCAAGUGCUUGUGUGUUUACAAGGGCUUUGCUUUUGCUUUAGAUGUUUCAAACUUUUUACCUAAUCAAUUGAUGGGUGAUGAAAGGAGGACCUUUCAGGUUCUAUUGCAUAUGGUCGGGCAUUUGUUGAAUGUUAACGAGGGAGAAGGACCUGUAAUAUUAAGGGUGUCUUUAGAAAAUGGGGCAGAAGGUAUAAACGAUAAUAUUUUGGGGUCGAGAAGACCAAACACAACUGAUGAGUAUGUGAGUAUUAAGUUUGAAAUUGGAAUUGUUGAUGGAGGUUUUCAGUCAGAUAGCUCUAGCAUACAUUCAGGUGGAAGAAGGAAAGCUGGCACUGAAGCUAAGGAUGUCCUGAGCUUCCGUAUGUGUAAAAUGCUUGUGCAGAUGAUGCAGGGCAGCAUUAAAGUAUCUUCAAAUCCCCAGGGACUAGUGCAAAGCAUGAAUCUUGUUCUCAGAUUUCAGAAGUUGCCUUCUUAUAGAAGACCCUUAUAUGAACUCGGUUUAUUUCCAGACCGUCCAUUAUCUAACUCUAUGCUUAGGGGUCUUCAUGUUAUUCUAGCUGAUGACGAUAACACGAAUCGAAUGGUAACUAAGAAACUUCUUGAAAGAUUGGGGUGCCAAGUAUCUUCUGUUUCAUCAGGUCAGGAGUGCUUAAGUGCUUUAGGACCCCAUGUGAAUGCUAUUCCAGUUGUUAUUUUGGAUCUUCACAUGCCAGACAUGGACGGCUUUGAGGUGGCAACGAGAAUUCGGAAAUUUAGGAGCCGCAGUACCUGGCCAGUAAUCAUAGCAUUGACUGCAAGUGCAGAGGAAAAUGUUUGGGAACGAUGUAUACAAGUGGGGAUGAAUGGAGUUAUUCGGAAACCUGUUCUCUUACAAGGAAUGGCUGAAGAGCUUCGAUCAGCAUUACAACGAGCAGGUGAAAGGAUGACAUAGUAAAAUUUUGAUUGGAAAUUCGACAUGCUCCCCUUCAUAUAUGUUGCAGCAUAGAGGUAUUAGUGAUUUUAGUCAGCGCUUCAGAAUCGUAAUAAAUAGUUUCUUUUAACACUAUAAUGAAAAUCUGGAAAUUUGGUGGUUAAUACGACUGCUGAGGAUAUAUUACUGUAAACAACGCCUAAAUAUUCAUCAAAUAUAAGCUCCUUUUUGUUUGU